AUGGACCCUAACGUGGACUACUGGCAGGUCCCUUCGGCCAAACCUCCGAACGGCAUAACACCAAACUUCGUCAAUCCUCCCAGUAUCGGUCAUCGGCAAACAGCGACCAAUAUAGUUGUUCUGGUCAUUAUGAUUGUUGUUGUCCUUCUCCGACUGUACACUCGAAUCUUCAUCGUCAAAUCCGUCGGCUAUGACGACUGCCCUGGUUCAUCUAGGCUGUACCUCAUAGCCUCGGUCUUCUACAGCUCCUCCAUGCUUUCCAUCAAAGUCGCCAUCAUGUUGUUAUACCGCCGCCUUUUUCCCAUCCAGAACUUCCUCUGGCGUUGGUGGGCUGUCUUCUUGUUUGCCGUUGGAUACUCUGUGGCCGGUAUCCUUACGGAGAUUUUCGACUGUACGCCGGUUCACUUUCAAUGGGACAUCUUUGCUGAAGGGAAAUGCAUCAAUCGUCCAGCUNUUCUGUUAGUAAUAUUGAUGUUGGUCUCGAACAAUCUUGCUAAUAUCCACCUAGAUAUAGCCAAUGCUGUGUGCAACUCCGUCAGCGAUCUGCUGAUUCUUGCCCUUCCAAUCCCAAUCGUCUGGAACCUGGCACUCACUCGUAGAAAGAAAAUUACCUUGUCUUUGGUAUUUGCGAUGGGAAGUGCCGGGUGCAUCGUCAGCAUCAUCCGUCUCCGAAGUAUCGUCGCCUACCUUGAAGCUGGUGACGGCGACCUCACCUAUACGAUCCUGGAUUUCGUCGUAUGGAGUGCCAUCGAGACCUGUACCGCCAUGUUAUGCACGUGUGUGCCUACUUUGAAACCACUUUUCGAAACUUACUUUCGUGGGAUGUUCGGAAGCACACAGGACUCAAAGCAUACCGGCCAGUACUUCAGGACCGACGAGAGACCGACCGAUCAUAGUCGUAAAGGCUCCAACCUCGAUCCUNUUCGCGGCGACAUCGAACUGAACAGACACAAAAAUAAGGCACAAGUUACAGCCAACAAUGUGGAGUCAGACACGGAUAGUCUCAUGGACGAGAUUCUCGCCUACCGGCCAUCAACCGUCGAGGAUCAUGUAGUAGAUGAGAGAGUCAUGAGCGGAAUCGUAGUAUCUCACUCGUACCAGGUCAGGACGACUGCUGAUCAUUAA